GCUUCAUUUUGGCAGUAUCUUUUCUUUUCUUCUCUUAUAGUAGUAUAAUUAUUAUCUAAUCUAUUCAACCAACUCAUAUUCCUCUUUCUUUCUUCCUCUCAAGCCUCAUUUUAAUUUUUCUUUUUGCUCUUCUCAUGUCUUUCAAAUUCAGAGGGCCAAAUGCUUCUUCUGGAAUGGGUGUGACUGAUCACGGCAAAAAUGCAUUCUUGGAGUUGAAGAGGAAGAAAGUUCAUAGAUACGUGAUAUUCAAAAUCGACGAAAAGAAAAAGGAGGUUGUCGUUGAGAAAACUGGCAGCCCUGCUGAAACCUUUAAUGACUUUACUGCUUCUUUGCCAGAAAAUGAUUGCCGAUAUGCGGUGUAUGACUUUGAUUUUGUGACUUCAAAGAAUUGCCAAAAGAGCAAGAUAUUCUUUGUUCAUUGGUUAGUCUCCCACCUCCUUGUGCAUAUUUUCAUCUGUGUGAUUGCAACUAUUGUUUGA